UGGUAUCAGUGUCAGAAAAAGAGUCAUAAAGAUACUUAGGGAUAUCUGCAUUGAACAACCAACAUUUCCCAAAAUUACAGAGAUGUGUGUGAAAAUGAUUCGGAGAGUCAAUGAUGAAGAAGGCAUUAAGAAAUUAGUAAAUGAGACAUUCCAGAAGCUCUGGUUUACUCCAACUCCACACCAUGACAAAGAAGCAAUGACCAGAAAAAUUUUAAACAUCACUGAUGUGGUUGCAGCUUGUAGAGAUACAGGGUAUGAUUGGUUUGAACAGCUUCUUCAAAAUCUGUUGAAGUCAGAAGAGGAUGCCUCAUAUAAACCUGUGAAGAAAGCCUGUACUCAACUUGUUGACAAUUUGGUUGAGCACAUCAUUAAAUACGAGGAAUCUUUAUCAGAUUGCGACAACAAAGGCGUGAAUUCUGGUCGCUUGGUUGCUUGCAUAACCACUUUGUACUUAUUCAGCAAAAUCAGGCCCCAGCUAAUGGUCAAACAUGCCAUGACCAUGCAGCCAUACCUCACCACUAAAUGUAGUACCCAGAAUGAUUUCAUGGUGAUCUGCAAUGUUGCAAAAAUCUUAGAGCUUGUAGUGCCACUAAUGGAGCACCCAAGUGAGACCUUCCUUGCCACUAUUGAGGAAGACCUCAUGAAACUCAUCAUCAAAUACGGCAUGACGGUUGUUCAGCAUUGUGUGAGCUGUCUUGGCGCUAUUGUGAAUAAAGUCACUCAGAACUAUAAAUUUGUGUGGGCCUGUUUUAAUAGAUACUAUGGUGCGCUUUCAAAAUUAAAAAGUCAACACCAAGAAGACCCCAACAGUACAAUACUUACUGCCAAUAAACCAGCACUCCUUAGAUCACUUUUCACUGUUGGAGCUCUAUGUCGGCAUUUUGAUUUUGAUCAGGAAGAUUUUAAGGGCAACAGUAAGGUUAACAUUAAGGAUAAAGUACUUGAACUGCUGAUGUAUUUUACAAAGCAUUCAGAUGAAGAAGUACAGACAAAAGCCAUUAUUGGCCUGGGAUUUGCAUUUAUACAGCAUCCAAGCUUAAUGUUCGAACAGGAAGUAAAGACUCUGUACAACAGCAUUCUUUCAGAUAAGAACUGUUCAGUAAACUUAAAAAUCCAGGUGUUAAAAAACCUUCAGACCUACUUGCAAGAGGAGGAUACACGUAUGCAGCAGGCAGACAGAGAGUGGAAAAAAGUAGCAAAACAGGAAGACCUGAAGGAAAUGGGUGAUAUUUCCUCAGGGAUGAGUAGUUCCAUCAUGCAACUAUAUCUCAAACAGGUCCUUGAGGCUUUCUUUCAUACCCAGUCCAGUGUACGCCACUUUGCUCUAAACGUCAUUGCACUGACAUUAAACCAGGGUCUCAUCCAUCCUGUUCAGUGCGUGCCAUACUUAAUUGCUAUGGGCACAGAUCCAGAGCCCUCUAUGAGAAACAAAGCUGACCAGCAGUUGGUGGAAAUAGACAAAAAAUAUGCUGGGUUCAUUCAUAUGAAAGCAGUGGCUGGUAUGAAGAUGUCUUACCAGGUGCAACAGGCGAUCAAUACCUGCCCAAAGGAUCCUGUAAGAGGUUUUAGACACGAUGAAUCAUCCAGUGCAUUGUGUUCACACCUAUACUCUCUGAUUCGAGGAAACCGUCAACACAGACGAGCAUUUUUAAUUUCUUUACUCAACCUCUUUGAUGAUACUGCAAAAACAGAGGUGAAUAUGCUCUUGUACAUAGCAGACAAUCUAGCAUGUUUUCCUUAUCAAACACAGGAAGAGCCACUGUUUAUAAUGCAUCAUAUAGACAUUACACUAUCAGUUUCUGGUAGCAACCUACUACAGUCAUUUAAAGAGUCUAUGGUGAAAGACAAAAAAAAGGAAAGAAAGCCUUCAUCAGACGAGGAGGCUGAGAGUGACAGUAACAGUGGUAGUGAGAGUGAAAGUGAAGAGGAAGCUUCUAAGCCUCGGAGAUUACGGAAACGAGUAGACUUUGAUUCAGAUUCUGAUGAAGAAAAUGAUAUAAAUGCUGUGAUGAAAUGUUUACCAGAAAAUUCAGCUCCUUUAAUUGAAUUUGCAAAUGUGUCCCAAGGCAUAUUAUUACUUUUGAUGCUGAAACAGCAUUUAAAGAACCUCUGUGGAUUCUCUGAUAGUAAAAUUCAGAAAUAUUCUCCAUCUGAAUCUGCAAAAGUUUAUGAUAAAGCGAUAAACAGGAAGACAGGAGUGCAUUUCCAUCCAAAACAAACUCUGGAUUUUCUGCGGAGUGAUAUGGCUAAUUCUAAGAUCACUGAAGAAGUGAAGAGAAGUAUAGUAAAACAGUACUUAGAUUUUAAGCUCCUUAUGGAACAUUUGGAUCCUGAUGAAGAGGAAGAAGAUGGAGAGGUGUCAGCUAGCACAAAUGCUCGGAACAAAGCAAUUACUUCACUGCUUGGAGGAGGCAGCCCUAAAAACAAUGCAGCUGAGACAGAGGAUGAUGAAAGUGAUGGGGAGGAUAGAGGAGGAGGCACUUCAGGGGUGAGGCGGAGGAGGAGUCAACGUAUUUCGCAGCGUAUUACGUAAAAUGAUUUUUAUGUGCUUAUAAAUGUCAGUCUAUUAUAUUAAAUGUACACCAAGUAAUGUAAUCCACAUGAAAGCAUUUUGUAGAUAGAGAUUCUCUACUUAACCAUUUAUACAACUUUUGUAGAAAGUUUAACAGAAAAGACAAUAAUAAAAAAAAUAGAAAAUGAGAUUUAUCCAGCAUAAAAAGUUAUUAAUUUUCCUUUGGAAUGUACUGUGUGUUAUCCUUUUUAUUGUUGCCAAGUUUUUAUGUAGCUUUAUUAUUCAUGUGUAUAUAUAAUUUUAUAUAUCAAUAAGAGAUAAAGACACGGGUACAAAUUAAGAGUAUGUGAUUUUACAAGGAUAUGUUAACCCCUUGGCGCUGGCGGUCGCGGUGCGUCUCAUUGCCGGCAAUGGAAUGUGUGCUGGGAAAUCCCAACUCCCGGCGUCAAGGGAUUAAAAACAAUAAAAGCAAUAAUUUCACUAAAGUUCUUUUGUGUAACACUUGGUCUUUUUUCCCCCCCAAUG